UGCCCUGGCAGAAGUGCCAGUUUUGGCAAAAGUUGUUGAUGAUUUUGGCGAGUGCCCUGAGUUCUUUUAUAAGAGCACUGAACCACAGGGCAUGGAUCAAAAUGCCAGGAAAAUUUGCCAGCAGUAAAUGCACUGAGGUCCUUCAGGUGUUAAAAAGGCUGGUCAGAUGUUUAAGGGAACAGUACUAGCUACAUUUCCACAGUUCAUUCCAAGCUGAUUGAGACCAGGCUGUUCAUUCAAGGGUACAAAUCUUUCAUCAGGAAAGCAGUUCAAAGAAGAACGACUUUCUUUUAUUCAGAAUUCCUGUGUAUAGUGCCUACACAUUUGAUGGCAGCUGCAGUAACCAAAAUGGACGGAAAAGUGGUGACUGGUUCAUUGAGCCACAGCUUUCUGGCAUCUCAGAGGACUCAAUGCAAUUGGAGAAGAACUACAAUAAAACUGCAAUUAAAUCCAAACAAGCUCUAAAUGGUGACUACAGCAACACAGGCUAUGACAGAGGGCACCUCAACACCAACAGUUUCCAGUGUGACGAUGGCCGUAAAGCUACAUUCACCCUGACCAACAGCGCACCUAUGGAUGCUUGCUUCAACCGUGUCUUCUGGAAAGAAUGGGAGGAUGGUGUCAAGGGCAUUUUAAAGGCCCAGUCUGCACGUGAGGGCACUGCCUACCUGGUAACAGGAACUGUACCUUCGUCAGAUUAUAGAAUACCAAGACUAGGUGAAUUUGAUGAUCCUAGUGCAAGAGAUUUCAACAGAGUCACUGUUCCUACUCAUGUCUGGACAGCUGUCUGUUAUAAGCAUAAUGUUGAUGAGGAGAAGUCCUUUUCAUUUGGCUAUAUAGGGUUAAAUCAGCCUGAUAGUAGAAUAAAUGUGAAAACUGUACCACAACUUAAUUAUCAGCUGUCUACAAUUUAUUCAUCUAUGGUAAACAUUUUCAAAGAUGACUGUUUUUCUACCAAGCUCAAAUCUGAGGAAAUUGUCAAGGAGCUUUACAGGAACAUCCAGCUGCCCCUUAGUGACAGACUGUCCAUGUCUGAUGAUGUUCUGAAUACAUUUCAUACUGCCAUGAGCCAGUUUGAUGAUGAAGGGCAACUGCCUUCUAAGAGGCCAAGAGUAACAGAGGCGACAAUACAAGAGUCUUUUGACAGCCUAGAGAGUUGGUUUGAAAAGACAGAGAGCAUGAAAUAUGUGUCUGGAUCGGCUUGUGUGCUGUCCCAGCAAUUCACUGGGCCCAUUAAGAGUUUAAGUAGCACAGGGAUUCAAAAAAGAGACAGCACUGAUGAUUCUCAAGAGCUCGUUUGUAGCCUCGUUCCAGAGCAGAUAUCAGACUGCAAUAGCUCUUGCCUGUACAACAAAGAGGCUAGAGGUUAUUAUUGCUACUAUGGAACUUCAGAGAGAUUAUGUUCUCCUGAGUAUUCUGUUAUAACAGUCAAGGGAACCAAGUGUAACAGUGACCACACCUGUGGAACACACGGGUAUGACUACUACUGGUGCUAUGAAGGCAGGUCAUGGGAGUACUGCAGUCCCCCCUUACCGGUGGGCAAAGGAUAUGGAGGGAGGUACUGCCGUGCCGACCACAACUGUGCCCAGUAUGGUAAAGGCUACACCUGGUGUUACACUGAUUAUGAUGAUAACUGGAAUUACUGCUGUAGUAUUGGUGAUCAGUAUUCUGCUCUAAACGGCAAAUCCUGUAAGAAUGACCAUCCAUGUGGUUACCACUCUUAUAGUUACCUUUGGUGCUAUACCACAGAUCUGUCUUGGGAAUACUGUUGUACUACUAGUUAGUAGAGGGCUGAUUCUCCUUUCUGAAAUAGACACAGUCAAAUUUAAUUUCAUUGCCUCUCUUAUGUAAGACAACAUGUUCACAAUACUGGGAAUUUGUGUUUGUGAAUCGGAAAAUAAUUUAGUUAAUCACUUCCCAUAUGGAAAAAGUCUGUAAAAGUCAUAUAUGUUAGGGUGUUCAUUUUUGUAGGAUAUACAUGUCAGUAUUUGGACUCUGUUUCAUCUGUUUCUGUUGUGACAUGUCCUGUGUUUUUGUUGUGGUAGCCAUGUGCCUGUGUUGUGGUAGCCAUGUGCUACCAUGUGCUCCGCCCCUUGUCCUGCCUUUGUUCUGUUUCCCACCUGUUCUGCUCCUCACCUGUGCCCAAUGAUUACCCUGCCUAUUUAAGCCUGUCUUGCCUCAUGUUCCCUGUUGGAUUGUUGCAACUGUUGUGCUACCCUGUUCCGUGAGUUGUCUGUGUUUUUGUAGAAAGUAACUUUGCCUGCUUAAGUCUCCUUGAAGGAAUACUUUUUUGAACUGUUAGCUUACAGAAGCUUUUUGUGUUUUUCGGCGUGGAAGCCUACAGUGGUCGUGUGCUCUCUUUUUGUGUUUGCCUUUUUGAUCCUCUGUUUUUUGUGGAAUAAAUCCUACUUUCAUCGAUCUGCGAUUGGGUCCUCUUUUGAAAUCCUGACAAUACAAUAAGUGUGUUAACACACAUAAUUAUGGCCCCUUUCAUACACAGUAACGUAGAAAAACCGCACAUGCCUAGACAAUUGUCAUGGUAUUUGUGUAUAGCAGAUAGAUGUAAUGAACUACAUUGGACAUUUUUUCAUGGCCAGUUACAUUUGUUCAUGUAUCAGAGGCUGUUAUCGUGAGCUGAGGACUGGCUGCCUUAUGGAAAGUUUCAUCAGUGGGUGCUCCCUGGAAGAGAACCCUUACCUUUGGUGUUGUUAGCACCUUGCCCGAUCAGUUGAAUCACAGAUAGACAGAUGAACUCGGAACACAUUAACAUCAUUGGAAAAGAUGUCUGAGCAUUUUAGAACGCUGUGUGAUCAUUACUCAAUAUCGCAAUGAAAUAAAUAAUUUAGUAUUUGUCCUUGAUUAAGAUACUCUGAUUCUUAUAAAAAUGAAGGUCUCUUUAUGCAAUGUAAACACAUGUUCUCUCUUUGAUAUGUUUGAUACUGAGUUUAUACUGUAUACUGUAUGACCUAUCUUGCAUGUUGAAGGGCAUGCCAUUUUAGUGUAAAAUGCAUAUGCAAGCUUUACAUGCAAAUAUUGUACAUGACAAAUGUGAUUCCUAUAUUUCUUACAGACCUUUUCCAAAUGUGUUUAAGCCUAGACGUCCAACAUAGAUACUGUACUUCCUUGUUAUUGACAUGGAAAUUCUACAACAUAUGCUCAACACACAUAACUACUCAGCUUUGUGUAUUAGUAGUCAUUGUGAUAGAGAUAAUUUCGAAACAAUGUUAAUGACUUAAGAAUAUAUUAAUUAAGUGCCUUGUAUUAAUAAUUACCUUGUAUGAAUCAUAUGCUUAUGUAAGCAGGAACAUGGCUUUUCUGUGUUUCUGUGUGUGUGUGUAACUUUGAUUAUUAGGUGCUGACGCCAUGUAGUCUGCAUAUGAGUAUGAGUUAUAUGCGUAAGGAGAGAGAACUAUGCCUGUCCGCCCCUGAGUAAAACUGACAUCCUUGCAUUUCAGAAAGCGCAGUUGGGAUGACACAAAAGGACUUUUAGUCAAGCGUGGCUAUUCUUGCUGACAUCAGAAACAUUUAUGGCAUCAAAAUUAGAUAAAUCUUAAGUAUAUAAACCAUGUGUGAUGUUAGUGAAAUUGCUUCACUUUCAUCUUUGUGCUGUGAGUGAGCCCGACAAUUGUUGCUGAAUAAAUAUACUGGUCCUGGA